CAACACCACAAGACCAUAAUUCAAGAAUCAACACGUUGCUUCGCUAAUUUUAUUCAUCUUGUAGUUAUUUCACCAAUGGUCCCAAAAAAAAUCAUUGCUGGUUAUAAUUGUAAACAAAUUCUAUUUGUCACGUCAAAAAGAUAUUUUUUUGUCUUGAUGUGGUUAGACCCUCUUCUAUAUAAUAUCAUCUCCACACACAACUCUCUUCUCAAAAAACACCAAAUCAUUCAAGAAACCAAAACUAAGGAGAGGAAGAAGAAGAUCAUGUCAGGCGUGUGGGUCUUCAAGAACGGAGUGAUAAGACUUGUGGAGAACCCUAACCAGUCAGGAUCCGACACACAGAACCGAAGGAAAGUGAUGGUCUAUUUACCGACAGGAGAAGUGGUCUCAUCUUACUCGACGCUCGAGCAGAUCCUCCAGAGUCUUGGAUGGGAGAGAUACUUUGGCGGCGGCGACACAGAUCUCCUCCAAUUCCACAAACGCUCCUCCAUUGAUCUCAUUUCCCUGCCUAGAGAUUUCACCAAAUUCAACUCCGUUUACAUGUACGAUAUCGUCGUCAAGAACCCUAAUUACUUCCAUGUCCGAGACUCCCAUUGAUUCUUCUUUUGUGUGUUGGUGUGUGUGUUGUGUUCGGUUGUUUUAUAAUUUAGAGUUUGUUGGGUUUUGUUUUAUAGUUGCAUGUGCAUGUUUUAUUUGUUUUGGACGUUGGAAGUUGUGUUACGUAAUUCUGGUUUGAUGAAAGUUGAGAUUAAGAAGGGACAUGAAUUAGGGAGAACUCAAUUUCAAAAUUAAUUGUUCUCUUCCUUAGCAUGAUUGUUCUCUUCACUGGUUGUAAUUGAAAGAUAUUCUCUUUGGCUCAGUGGAUCCAAAUUGUUUUCUAUCUUCUAUUUAAUUAAUCAAAAGCCAUAUUAACGGA